UUACUGAUAACUGCUUCAGACUUUGAUCAGUGCAGUUACCUUUAUAUUUCUCUCAUGCUUUCCAAUGUUCUAUCAACUUGACCAACGCUGGAUACAAAUUGAAGAAUUUUAAUUAUAACUUUUUGCUUUUCAAAUCCACUAUGUCGACAUCUGUCCAAGUCGAGCAUGUUACGGAGAAGGUUUAUGGAGGAGUUGGACGCUGCAAGUGCUCCUUUUGGUUCGCAGUUGCUCAUGACAUCUUGGGAGUUUUUAUAAUCAUGGUUGGAGUUUUUGGAGGUCUGGCUGUCCAUGAUUUGUUUGUCUAUGCCGGAGCUAUCAUCAUCUUCUUGAGCCUAAUUUGGUGGAUCUUCUGGUACUCUGGAAACAUUGAUGUGCCUCCGGAAGAUCUGCUGGAUGACGUGGGCCUUCAGAAAGUCAAAAACCGAGGACUGACUAAAGUGGUGAGGAGGGUUUCCGAUCGGCUCUCCACUGGGAUCAGGAAUUCUUUUAGGAAAAAUGGGAAAGGCAGUAUGCGUGGUUCUACAGCAGGACCAGCAGUGGAUCAAGAUGUCAGGCUUGCAACUAUUUUUGACAACAAUAUUAUCUCAUCACCUUCUAUGGAACUGACAAGGAACUCAUUAGUCAUUUAAAGACUGCAAAGUAUAGGUUUAAAUAGAUAUUUCCUUUGCUUCUAAAGGGGUUUUGCAUUUCAAACAUGCACUUACUGUAAUGAUUAGACAGCACUGUAGAGAUAAGAGGCUUGUGUCCAUAUCCAGCUGAUAAGAUACAAACUCCACUCAGUGUCACUUGUGAAGAUGGACUCAUGAUAAAUAAACCCUUUGUUUUUAUUGAUAAUUCACUGAUUCACAUGAAGCAAUGAUGGAGUGAUGUAGGGUGUGGUGUUUGUAACUAAAAAGCACAUGACGUGUUUGAUAAAUGUUGUGUGAGUAUCAAUAUUUAAGUUUUUGUUGAUAAAAUGUGCAAAACAUUUGUUAGUAUGCAGCAAUUUGCAUGUUAAUAUAAUGAGUUUUUUAAAGUCAGAUGCCUUUCCUGACUUAAACUGCUGUAUUUGUCUUGGUUUAGGACUACCACAAAGAUGUUUUGAAAUGGGCAUAUAUAUUAUAUGCACUCAUAUAUUGU